AACGCCUUCAUUCUACCAGCUCGUAGUCAGUGAUCAACCAUGAGUGGUCGGGGCAAAGGCGGAAAAGGACUCGGUAAGGGAGGCGCCAAGCGUCACCGUAAAGUUCUCCGUGAUAACAUCCAGGGCAUCACCAAGCCCGCGAUCCGCCGUCUGGCUCGCCGAGGUGGAGUCAAGCGUAUCUCGGGUCUGAUCUACGAGGAGACUCGCGGCGUGCUCAAGGUUUUCCUGGAGAACGUGAUCCGUGACGCCGUGACCUACACCGAACACGCCAAGAGGAAGACGGUGACCGCCAUGGACGUGGUCUACGCCCUGAAGAGGCAGGGACGCACUCUGUACGGCUUCGGAAGCUAAACACGAAACAACCACCACAACCAAAGGCUCUUUUAAGAGCCACUCACUCUGCUGUGAGCUGCUUCCUUGUUUGAGCUACAGUAUAAAAAACGGUGUACUUAUUACUGAUACUUAUCACUACCAAUAUCAAUAAUGUAUGAUAUGGAAAUUGUGGUGUUGUAUGUCAACUUCUAUUAAGUAGUAUGGGAUAUGUAUAACAAUGCAUGUAUAUAUGUUUGUAUGAGUAUGUGCACACACCUUAACACCAUCAUUGGUAUUAGUAUUAAUCUCCAAGGUAAACCACAGUACAGUAACAGUUGUUUAGUUAUGAAUAUGUUAGCCUAAGGUACAUCCCUGCUUCUUAUUUAUUUUGCUCCGAUUGUUUACUUAAGAGAUUUGCUUGGUUUCAGCAGCUGUUUGCACCCCUUAAAUUUUCAAAAAACGUAUAUUCUGUAUAAAACCUGUCUGACAUUGGUUACGGUGGGUACAAUUAACAUAAAAUCAAUUUUUAACAAUAUUCAAGUAGCACAUCUAUUAUAACAAAUUUCAUCCACAAUACAACCAAGUAAAAAAACAUCACACAUGCACUCAUACAUGCAUGCAUCCAUAUGUGACCGGUGGCUUUCUGCGUUGUCCAGCUUAUUCUGACAAACAAAUAAAACACAACCCACACCAGGGUGGAAACACGCCCUCUCUCCUGCACCUACAUGCACCAGACAUAAACGCAUAACUGAAGUUCGCUUGCUUUGUACAACUAGUACAACAGCUAGUGUUAACACAUCUUGUGGUACAUGAAGCACCCACCUCUUCUACCAGAGUCAUGACAGAGAGGGGGUGCAGCCCACGUUUAUCCCAAAUGCAGAAAAAAAAUAAAAAUAAAAAGGGGCUCCACUUCUGUUACUAUCAGCUGUUACAUAUAAUUAGAUAUAAGAUAAUAUUAUUAUACAGCCUUAAGAUCAGGUUUUGUGUAAUUAUAACAAUAUAUCAGUAUAACUCUUUUAUAAUAUAACCCUUUAAUAUCUCUGUGGUGGCAUCAGCCAUCGUUUAUGGAGUGGUCUGCUGGUGCAGCAGCAUCUCAGCAGCAGACAGGAGGCGACUGGAGAAGCUGGUCAGGAAGGCCGUUCUGGGGCUGCCUCUUGAUUCAGUGCAGGGGGUGGGAGAAAGGAGGAUGGUAACUACAUGUAAGCUAUCAUCCAUGAUGGAGAACGAUGCCCACCCACUGUAUGAAACGGUGUCAUUACUAUGCAGCUCCUUCAGUGACAGACUGAUACAUCCUAAGUGUCUGAAGGAGCGUCAUCGUAGGUUGAUUCUACCUGCAGCUGUAAGACUUACAACCUAAACUGCUCCUAGUUAAUCACUGUUCAUUAUUGUAAUUGUUGCUACAAUUGUCACCUUAUACUGUGGUCACCAUACAAAUGUUUGGGCAAACUUUUACCUUGUGCAAUAUCUGGUCAAUCCAUGGUGGAAUUACCCAUCACCUCAGUCUGCAUGUGGGUAUAUACAGUAUAGGAUACAUUUUUAAUUUUACUGAAAUUGUAUGUAAUUUUGAUUCCGCUCUUGGUUUGUACUGCUGCUGCAACAUGGAAAUUUUCCCAUUGUGGGACUAAUAAAGGUCUAUGUUAUCUUAUCUUAA